GGGGGGUGGGGGGCGGUGUUGCAGAGUCUGUUUGGUGGGACAGAGGGAAGGCGAAGGUUGCUUUCAGCUACAUUACACAGACUUCAAAGAUUCAUAUCAUCACCGCUCGAGACUGUUCAUGAAUACAGCUUUUGGAAAACAGCUUAAAAUGAAAUACUGUAAGAUAUUUCUCUUUCUUCUAUUAAUGAUCAUGGGUGUCUCAACAAAUGCUCAAGAAGUUACCUGUGAGGGUGAACAGCUCAUCAAUGUUGACAUUGUAGUUGGAAAUCCAGGUAUUGCUCCACCUUAUAAACCUGGACAUAUUUUAGUUUUUCGAUGCACAGAUGUGAAGCUGAAGAUGCACGGCCAACGAACAAUUGAAUGUCUGUCAAAUGGAAAAUGGGAUUAUCCAUAUCCAAAAUGUGGAGAUGUAACAUGUCUUCUAAACACAAAAAAGGAAAACAUCAAAAUGGAUCGAUUCCCUGAUUUUGAGUGUCCAGUCACACCUGGAUAUAAUUUAACGUUUUCAUGCAAUGGUCAAGGACUGAUUUUAAAAGGACAGAGAGAAAUCACCUGUCAGUCAAAUGGAGAAUGGAGCAGCCCUUUUCCAAAAUGUGAAGAUAAACACACAGAAGUCUCAGAGAAAUGUGGACCACCACCACACGUGAACGAUGCAGAUACAACAUAAU